ACGGGGCGGGCGGGGCGGGGCUGCGGCGGCCCCAGGGUGCAGGCGCGGGGUGCGCUUGCAGGAAGGUGGUGCGCGGCGGCCGUGGCUCGGCUCCCAGCUCCCUCGGAGCCAUGUUCUUCACCUGCGGCCCCAACGAGGCCAUGGUGGUCUCCGGUUUCUGCCGGAGCCCCCCGGUCAUGGUGGCCGGCGGCCGCGUCUUCGUGCUGCCCUGCAUCCAGCAGAUCCAGAGGAUCUCUCUCAACACAUUGACCCUCAAUGUCAAGAGUGAGAAGGUUUACACGCGCCAUGGGGUCCCCAUCUCCGUCACCGGCAUCGCCCAGGUGAAAAUCCAGGGGCAGAACAAAGAGAUGCUGGCGGCUGCCUGCCAGAUGUUCCUGGGGAAGACGGAGGCUGAGAUCGCCCACAUCGCCCUGGAGACGCUGGAGGGCCACCAGAGGGCCAUCAUGGCCCACAUGACUGUGGAGGAAAUCUAUAAGGACCGGCAGAAGUUCUCGGAGCAGGUUUUCAAAGUGGCCUCCUCAGACCUGGUGAACAUGGGCAUCAGUGUGGUCAGCUACACCCUGAAGGACAUUCAUGACGACCAGGACUACUUGCACUCCUUGGGGAAGGCUCGGACCGCUCAAGUCCAAAAAGAUGCUCGGAUUGGAGAAGCGGAGGCCAAGCGAGAUGCUGGGAUCCGGGAGGCCAAAGCCAAGCAGGAGAAGGUGUCUGCUCAGUACCUGAGUGAGAUCGAGAUGGCCAAGGCCCAGCGGGACUAUGAGCUGAAGAAAGCCACCUAUGACAUCGAGGUCAACACGCGCCGCGCGCAGGCCGACCUGGCCUACCAGCUCCAGGUGGCCAAAACCAAGCAGCAGAUCGAGGAGCAGCGGGUGCAGGUGCAGGUGGUGGAGCGGGCCCAGCAGGUGGCAGUGCAGGAGCAGGAGAUUGCCCGCCGGGAGAAGGAGCUGGAGGCCCGCGUGCGGAAGCCGGCGGAAGCCGAGCGCUACCGGCUGGAGCGCCUCGCGGAGGCUGAGAAGUCCCAGCAGAUCAUGCAGGCGGAGGCCGAAGCAGAGUCUGUGAGGAUGCGGGGGGAGGCCGAGGCCUUCGCCAUUGGGGCCCGGGCCCGGGCUGAGGCCGAACAGAUGGCCAAGAAGGCAGAAGCGUUCCAGCUGUACCAGGAGGCUGCUCAGCUGGACAUGCUGCUGGAGAAGCUCCCCCAGGUGGCAGAGGAGAUCAGUGGUCCCUUGACCUCGACCAAAAAGAUCACACUGGUGUCGAGUGGCAGUGGGGCCGUGGGAGCGGCCAAAGUGACGGGGGAAGUACUGGACAUCCUGAGCCGCCUGCCGGAGAGCGUGGAGAGACUCACCGGCGUCAGCAUCUCCCAGGUGAACCACAAGCCUUUGCGAACUGCCUGAGCCCUCAACCUUUGCCGAUGCCUAGUCUCAUGUUCGAGCUGCCUGAACGAUCCCCAUGCUGCAUGCAUGUCAGCUGGCCUCCCAGAGCACGUCUUUGGGCAGUGGAUUCCGCUGCUCAUUUCUCCUUGCCAAAUAGCCGUGCCUUGCCCCUUGCCCGGGCCCACACCACCGAGACUGCCAGUCCCCCAGGGUUCCAUGCCAGCUGUCUGAUCAUCCCACUCCACCCAGCUUGUUUAGUUUCCUAAUUAAACUACACUGAGCCUGUGGCCCAAAAUUGUUUUCUGAUCAAGACUGAGGGAUAGCUGCAGGUUCUCAACUCUCUGGAUAAAUUGCUGUUAAGCCUUGACACUUGUGAACAAUGAAGGUAAAACAGAGCUCACUUGAAGUGAAUGUUAGGACACAGCUUGCUUCCCUCCACUAGGCUGUUUAGAAUGGGAGAGUUACUUGUACACUGAGGGGUUGUGGAAUUAACUCCCCCCAAAAAUCUUGGUUUAGUCCAGUGGUCGACAAACCACGGCUCUCGAGCCACAUGCGGCUCUUUGGCCCGUUGAGUGUGGCUCUUCCACCAAACACCACGUGCGGGCGCGCACAUACAGUGCGACUGAAACUUCAUGGCCCAUGCACAGAAGUCGGUUUGGGGCCUGGGCGGGUCUAUUUUGAAGAAGUAUUGUUGAUAUUUGGCUCUGUUGACUAAUGAGUUUGCCGACCACUGUUCUAACUCAUUCAUGCUUCUGGAGCAGCUGAGACUGCUGGGAUCCAACCUGGUUUGGGUUCAGUCCAUUUCAAUUCCUACAUGCUGCCCGAGUUUGUGCGCUUAUGCCCGCUCUAGUUAAGACUGCUGGGGGGGGGGGGGGGGGGUACCAGGGAUGAAGACCUGAGGGUCAAUGAAGGAUUUUCUCACCCAUUCGGGGAGAACAGAAUACAUGUGUAAGUGAACCGGUCAGCUACAUGAGCACAAGUCUUGCAAAUAUUUUUUCAAUUCCCAUGUAUUUUUGGCUUUGGGGGCAAUGUUAUUUUUUUCAAUAUGAAAAAAUAGUUCAACGCAACAAAUUUUAACUGUGGAUAGGACAAAACCAAAGGUGGGGGAGGGGGUGGGCAAUAACAGAUGUUACCAAAAGACAAAGGGUGUCCUGUCCCCUCUCCUCGGAAUGACUCCAACAUCUAGGCAACAGUGUGUACCUUUCAUACACGGACCGAUACUCCUCUUUGGGUAAGAAACGGUGACGGGGAGGACCUUUCAGGAGGCUUAGGGACCAAGGGGUCCUGGUUCUCCCUGGAACCCCAUCUCCAUGCAGAGGAAGGGAUUCGAUGUGAGGUGGAGGUGAAGUGGAAAGGGAAGGAUCCUACUGGAUGGAGUGCGGCAGACCCUGCAAAGGAAACAGCUCGCGACUGAAAAUGGAGACCCUACUGUUAAUGCCUCCCCCGAAGCUGAAGGUGGAGCAGGAACACGUACCUGGAAACUGGGACUCGAACAACCUGAAUCCCAUUCUCCAAAACGGGGUGAACGCUACCCACUCUUCAUAGGAACCUCAUCGGGCUGGUUAGCGUGGUUUUCCCCCGUGGCUGCCUGCGGGCUUGGGGGGGCGUUUUCAGUGCAGGCCUAAGAGGGACCGGGAUGACAUCCAGCUUUCUUGGAUAAUUAUGCUGAAAACAGGAAAACAGCAACUGGGCCCUGGCUGGUGCGGCUUGGUUGGUGGGGCAUCAUCCCAUGCAUGGAAGGGUUGCUGGUUUGGUUUGAGGUCAAGGGCACAAGCUCAAUCCCUGAGAGGGGGGAUGCAGGAGUCCGCUGAUCCAUGUUAUGUCCUCACAUCAAUGUUUCUCACUUUCUUUAAAAAAACCAUUUUAAAAAUCUAUAUAUAUAAAAGCAUAAGCCACUGUUACAACAGGUCAACCGAACGCUAUUGACGCACACUGACCACCGGCUGGCAGAUGCUGCUGCCCCGAUGGUCGGUGCAGUCCCACAGCCACCCUCCCACGGUCCCUUCCCCCACCCUCACACCCCCACCUGCCAGGCCUAGGGACCCCUCCUGUGUAUAUAUAUAUAAAUAAAAAAAAUUUAACUGGAUAGGAGGAAAUAGGCACCAGAAGGAAAUAAAAGUUACCCAGUAGAGUGCCAGAAAUAUAGAUUUCCCGGUGUGGAACGAGAGGAGACAUUCAAGAAACAAUGAAUAUUUAUUGAGCCCUAUUAUGUGCCAGGCAUUGUUCUAGAACACCCCUAAAAGAAAAAAAAAAGGCAGAAAUGCAAAUUCUGAGGGAGACGAAAGGGACAGCUGGGGAGAAAGGCUGAGGGAGCGGAGAAGCGGAGUGCAGGCGCGGCCUCAGGCCUCCUCUUCGGCCUCCUCACCAAAAUCCUCCUCCUCCUCGGCCGUGGCGUCCUGGUACUGCUGGUACUCGGACACCAGGUCGUUCAUGUUGCUCUCGGCCUCGGUGAACUCCAUCUCGUCCAUGCCCUCGCCCGUGUACCAGUGCAGGAAGGCCUUGCGCCGGAACAUGGCCGUGAACUGCUCCGAGAUGCGCUUGAACAGCUCCUGGAUGGCCGUGCUGUUGCCGAUGAAGGUGACCGCCAUCUUCAGGCCCCGGGGUGGGAUGUCACAGACGGCCGUCUUCACGUUGUUGGGGAUCCACUCCACGAAGUAGCUGCUGUUCUUGUUCUGCACAUUGAGCAUCUGCUCGUCCACCUCCUUCAUGGACAUGCGGCCCCGGAACACGGCGGCCACGGUGAGGUAGCGGCCGUGGCGGGGGUCGCAGGCAGCCAUCAUGUUCUUGGCAUCAAAUACCUGCUGGGUGAGUUCAGGUACAGUGAGGGCGCGGUACUGCUGGCUGCCCCGGCUGGUGAGGGGGGCGAAGCCGGGCAUGAAGAAGUGCAGGCGGGGGAAGGGCACCAUGUUGACGGCCAGCUUGCGCAGGUCGGCGUUGAGCUGGCCGGGGAAGCGCAGGCAGGUGGUGACCCCGCUCAUGGUGGCCGAGACCAGGUGGUUCAGGUCCCCGUAGGUGGGCGUGGUCAGCUUGAGGGUGCGGAAGCAGAUGUCGUAGAGGGCCUCGUUGUCGAUGCAGUAGGUCUCGUCCGUGUUCUCCACCAGCUGGUGGACCGAGAGGGUGGCGUUGUAGGGCUCCACCACCGUGUCCGACACCUUGGGCGAGGGCACCACGCUGAAGGUGUUCAUGAUGCGGUCGGGGUACUCCUCCCGGAUCUUGCUGAUGAGCAGCGUGCCCAUCCCAGAGCCUGUGCCCCCGCCCAGCGAGUGGGUCAGCUGGAAGCCCUGCAGGCAGUCGCAGCUCUCAGCCUCCUUCCGCACCACAUCCAGGACCGAGUCGACCAGCUCAGCCCCCUCUGUAUAGUGGCCCUUGGCCCAGUUGUUCCCGGCCCCAGACUGACC